AGAGAGAGAGAGAGAGAGAGAGAGAGAGAGAGAGAGAGAGAGAGAGAAGAAAUUUAGGUAAGAUCAGAUAAGCAUGAACUCAGAAUGAAGGCAGACUUGCAGCUGCAUGCAAAAUGGAUAAUGACGACAACAAACCAUCUGGUCUGAAGACAGCAGCCGACCACAUGAAGACGUUCWCCGUGGUCAUCUACUGUCUGAUAACUGUCGCUGGGACCGUUGGCAAUGGGCUGGUAAUCUACGUGACGGGCUUCAAGAUGAAGAGAACAGUCAACUCUGUGUGGUUUCUCAACUUGGCCAUUGCUGACUUCCUCUUCACGACCUUCCUGGUUUUCUCCACGGUCUCUCUCUAUCAUGAUCAAAUGUGGCCUUUUGGAAAUUUCAUGUGCAAACUCAACAACUUUGUGGGUGUCAUCAACAUGUUUGCCAGUGUCUUUUUCCUGAUGGCCAUAAGUCUGGAUCGUUGCUUGUCCAUCUGGGUGGUGGUGUGGGCACAAAACAAGCGMACCGUCUGUAAAGCUCAGAUCAUCUGCGCUGUAAUCUGGAUUACUGCUGGCAUCUGCAGCACCCCCUAUGUUAUUUUUCGUACCAUGAUGGAACAUGGUACUGUUCGGUAUUGUAACUACGCUCUCUCUAAGACUGAUCAAAGUUACAUUGGUCUGGUUAUUUUYCGUUUUGUUAUGGGCUUCAUCRUCCCAUUCCUGGUAAUACUUGUCUCUUAUGUGGCCAUAGCCGUCCGUGUCAGGCGUCUGCAGGGGACAAGAAAAUGGAGAUCUCACAAAAUCGUCUACAUCAUUGUUGCCUUCUUCAUCUGCUGGUUGCCCUUUCAUGUUUUAAAUCUUAUAGAAUUAUAUGUAAGGCAUAUCCCAGAUGAAAUCUUGCAUAUCAUAGGUCCUCUGACUGUGAGUUUGGCUUUCAUGAACAGCUGCCUGAACCCGAUACUCUACGUCUUCAUGUGCGAUGAGUUCCAGAAGAAGCUAAAGCAGUCCAUAUGUUUGGUYCUGGAGACUGCCCUGGCAGAAGACGGCCAGUCACUUGUGUCCUCUUUCUCGAUGUCAUCAUGGAUUGCUCGAAAGUCAUCUUCUGGUGCAGCUCCUGAGAGAAAAGAUGCUAGUACUUCUUUUACAGAAACCAAAUCGGUCUACACCGAGGGGAGACAGAACUCUGAAGAUGACAUAGACAAAUGAUUUAAGAGUGGAAAAGAAAAGGAAAGUGAAAGAGGGAAUUCUUUUUUAAAUAUGUUUAUAGUACUAUAAAUCUGUACAGAGAAAUACUGAAUAUCUGUGACAAAUCAUAUUGAAAGAAGGAUUAUGUCCAAAAGUGGAAUGUGGAGAAAUAGGCAGAUGGGGUUUUGAUUUAAACAUCUGCAAAAUUUUCAUUUUGUCAAAACAUAAUGAAAUAAUGCCUUAUCAGUGUAUUAUUUGAAUGAAUUGUCUAAAAUAUAAUCCUAAAAAGAAUUUUUGAAGCAUUUUUUUGAGCAGCAGCAGCAAAAAAACUGAUUUUGAGAAA